AUGACCAGGCCUCGUCGCCCACACCCUUUCAUUUUCGCCCUCGCCCUCGCCCUCCUUUCGGCCCCUGCUCCUGCUCUCCCUCCCCUCUUUUUCUUGUCGCUUCCUUCCUCUUCUUCUUCUGCUUCUUUCUUUCUCUUCUUCUCCUCUUCUCCUCUUCUUUUCCCUCUCCAUAUUCAUUCUAAUCGUGACUGUCCGUCCCGGGUUCAUUUCUUUUCCCACCCACCUUUUCCCCUUCAUUGUGAUACCCGAGCUCUUGUAGCUUUGCGCAAAGAGAGCUUUUGUUUCCUUCUGUUGAGAUACCCCUUAAAGAGAUACCCUGCUCGACGCGCGCCUUUAAUUACGAAGCUUCGCCAGCUUCCCUAG